CACAGCACCCACUCUGUCAUACUUCCAACGAGCACAGCGCCAUGGUGAAAUUGCCAAAAUUCAUUGCGGUCACUGGGCCGACAGGAGUGGGAAAGACAUCGUUCAUCAACUACGUGUGCGGCUCUUCUUUGGCAGUAGGCGCUAGCCUGGAAUCAUGCACGGACACCGUGCAGGUUGCGCGAUGUCAGAUCGCCGGAGAGGACGUUACCAUGAUCGACACACCGGGAUUCGACGACACUCACAAGUCUCAGGCCGAUGUCUUGAGGGAUAUAGCUGAUUUUCUUGAGCAGACAUAUACGAAUGGGAUCAAGCUGGCCGGAGUCAUAUACAUGCACCGCAUAUCUGACUAUCGCAUUGGCGGUAUUGCAAGAGAGAAUUUUCGGCUAUUCACAAAAAUCUGUGGAGAAGGGGCCAUGAACAACGUGGUCAUUGGCACGACCAUGUGGGAGAAAGUUGCAGCGGAACUUGGAGAGCGCAGAGAAAAGGAGCUUCAGAGCAAUCCGAUUUUCUUCAAGGAUGCAGUUGACAAUGGCGCAAAGAUGAGAAGAAUCUUGAAUAACGCUGAAUCGGCUCGCGAAGCCGUCCUAUCCUUACUGCCUAUAUCAGCGGCCACGCUCAUCCUGCAAACCCAACUUGUCGAUUUGCACAGGACGCUACCUUAUACCGAUGCCGGGAUGCAGCUGCAAGCCGACAUUAGGGAGCUUAUUGCGAAGCACGAGAGAGACAUACAGAUGUUACGGCAGCAGUUGGAAGAGAGUAUGGCAGCGGCGGAUGCGGCGCGUCAGGAGGAGAAGAUACGUGAGAUUAUGGAAGGCUACGACAAACUGCAGAUCGUGUUGCAAAAGGCGAAGGCCGAUCUGCAGAAAAGUCUAGUCGAAAAUCUCGAAAGGCGCAGGACGAGAAGGAAGCUCAGGUUCAACUUCUUCAAUUUGAGAAUCGUUAUAAGCAGGCGUAGGCAGGGGACAGGCUGUCUUGAUGGCGACAAUUUCGAGUUGUAACUUUUGUUCAUAGGACGUUCUAGUAUACUCCUCGUGGUAUGAAGUAUGCUAUAUACACACCCCAGACAUGGAG